AUGUCCCACCGCAACAACCACCACAACAACAAUAACCAGGACGACUAUGUCGACGUUGAUGACUACGACAGCGCCUCGGGAUACGCUCUCCAACAACGCAUGACUCCUCAACAACAGCGUCAGGAGGAACGCCGUCGCAACGCCGAGGCCAAUGGUGCCGCUGCGGCCGCCGCUGGCUCCGGCGCCUCGCCUUGGUUGAACAAACAAAAGAAAAAGUCGAGCAAAUGGAAGACCAUUGCCUGGUCUGUCCUUGUCAUCCUUAUCCUCGCUGUUGCCGGUGUUCUUGCUUGGUAUUUUGCUGUUUACAAGAAGAACAACGCCAAUGGUGGAUCCAACAACAGCAGCAACAACGGCAACACUGUUAACAGCGGUACUCCCGCUGCCGGCCCUACUGUCGUUGGACCCAACGGCACAGUCUUGCCCAACACCAACUACCCCCUCAAGAAGGUUUUCUACGGCAUGGCCUACGUGCCUCUCGGUGCCCAGCUCCCCGGCUGUUACAACACCCAACAGAGUGUCGAUGACGAGCUCGCCCUCCUUGUCCAAACCACCGCCCGUGUCCGUCUCUACGGAACUGAUUGCAAGGUCCUCGAAUACGUCCUCAACUCGAUCGUGCGCAAGAAGCUCGACCUCAAGGUCGUCGUCGGUAUCUGGAUCGACAAGGACAACACGACCUACACCCGCCAGAUGGGUGAUUUCUUCAAGGUCAUGGAGACAAACUCCUGGGACAACCUUCUUGGCGUCUCGGUCGGAAACGAGGUCCUCUUUGACAAAUACCAGUCCGAAGCGUUCCUUAUAGCCGCCAUUGCCGAGGUCAAGGCCAAAGUCGUCGCCCUGGGCCACAAGGAUCUCCCUGUCUUCUCGUCGGAUCUCGAAAGCUCCAACACCUACCCUCUGACCAGCAACGAAGACAGGGCUGGCGUCAACCUCCACCCUUUCUUCUCCGGCAUCCCUAUCGAACAGGCCGCCGAUUGGUACUGGAAGUACUUGAAGGAGAUCGUCACGCCAAAGGUCAACGCUAACAGGACGACCCCCAUCGACAUCUGGAUCACCGAAGUGGGCUGGCCCACCUUCCCCGCCUCCGCCGCCCAACAGGGAUCCGUCCCCUCCAUCCCCAACCUUCAAACCUUCCUUGAUACUUGGUUGUGCGAGGCCAACAAGAACGGCAUGCCCUAUUAUUACUUUGAGUUCUUUGAUGCCCCUUGGAAGAUCUGGCCCGGCUCUGCUGUUGAGGGCUUCUGGGGCUUGAUGACCAUUGAUAAGAAGCUCAAGGUCAAGCUGCCUGACUGUCUGAUUUAA